CGUAGUUUCUUCAUCUUGGGCUCCCUCUUCUCGAUGCUUAAACAAACUUGCGACUCAAUCACGACUAAUUGCGCAUGCGAGGCCGCUUUGUGCGUAUUUAAAGCGCCGCCUCGACAACUUAGGCCUCACAUAUGCAUACUCCUCGUAUAUUACAAAACCGGAGCUCCACAAUCUGCUUAAUAUGCGUGUCACGUUGCCGGCCAUCAAGUUCAAAUUGCAUUCGCUGUCAACGCAUUGCAGCUGAGGCAGCAGCAUUUUCUGCUUGCGGCACGCGUUGAGAUUUUGAAAUUAACACCCCGAGGGGCCCACAAACUGGAGCACUCGGGCUGCUAAUUAAGAAAUAAAGCCUUAUCGGGCGCAGCAAAUGCUGACAGCAGGAUAACAGAGCUGGACAGGAUAAUGAACUCCGGAGCUGCCAGUCGAUAACUUUUGGCAGCCGACAUGAGCACUAAUUAGUCGCGGACCCCUGCUAAAUGUAAACUGCAAUCGCCGCUCAACUUGGCACUUGUUGGCCAAAAAAAAAAAAAAACUAAAGUUGAGACAAAAAUCACGAACCGAGAACAACGAAAAACGCUUCGCUUUUCAGCGAUAGCUAUUGCUGCAACUUCAGCUUCAGCUGCAAAUGCAAACCCACAAUACAUACGCCCACGACUGAAGAAAGGCAGUGAAAUAAAAAGAAAUCAACCGAAACAAAAGUUAAAAACAAUAAAGGCCAAGGAAAAUCACGGUGCAAUAAAAGCUUAACUCAAUAGCAAGGGAAAUAAUAUUUUCAAUUCGAGACGCCGCCAUAAAGAAAACAAAUAAAGCCCCAGAGAAAAAAAAAAUAAAGGCUUCAGCAACAAUUAAUUAAGAUUGUGGUGCAGUUAAACAAAAAAAAAAAAAACAGAGCUAUCUCCAAUGUAUUUACAAAAGACUUUUACGACUUUGCAGUGAAAUGCAUAUCAAUUAAACACCAUAUGCAUUGUUGAAGAAAGGAAGCUAAAAACGAAAAGAAAUUUUAGUUAAAAUUUGAUUUGCCAUUACCCGAUGAUUCGAUGUGUUUUAUUGACCAUGAAAACGAUGAAAAGUCCGCGACUCUAAAAAAUACUUACUUAAAAAUAAUUAACCAGAAUUCCCCAACUUGUGCGUGCAAAUAUUUCGAAUAAAAGUCAGAAGAGUUCAAUCGUAACUGCCAAGUGAAAAAAAUGGCAAGGAGUGAAAAUCAAAUUUAAAAUUCAUCACAAAGUUUGCCGUUCUACAAAGAUAAUUAAACAUUUAACCGACUCUUUAAGAAAGGCGUACAUUUUACAAUCGCAGCCAAAUAGCAAAUAGCCGUAACUGAACUGAAAGACUAACAUGCGCCCGGCACGUUACCGAUGAGGCAAGCUACUUUAAUCAGACCCAGACUCAGACACAGAAGAAGCACACCAACGGCAGCCACCAAGAUGUGUCCCAAAAGGCAUUGGCUAGUCAACAACAGAGCAGCGGGCUCGCGAGGAUCAGGAGGAGCUGCGGCGCGGAGCAGGCGCAGUCUAGACCAAAUAGUAGAAGUAUUAGUAGCCUUAAUCGUAGUCAAUUGCCUGGCCACAGCAGCAGCGGCGCUGAUCACACCGCCCGACAGCCUCGAGUCACUGGGCUCCCUGGUCUCCCUGGGCAUCCCGUCAUCCUCCUCCUCCUCCGAGGACGACGAUGACAUGACUAGCGGCUUCUACCGCAGCCCGCACCGCCUGGAGGGCUAUCCGCAGUUGCAGCAGCUGCAGCGCGGCCAGAACUUCAAGAUCAGCCCCAAGCCGUGCUCCUUUGGCCGCGUCGAGGGCACCUGCAUGUUCGUGUGGGAGUGCAUCAAGUCCGAGGGCAAGCACGUGGGCAUGUGCGUCGACUCCUUCAUGUUCGGCUCCUGCUGCACGCACAACUACACCGACAACAUCGUCCUGCCCCACACGGCCUUCUCCUACACGAGGCCCACUAAGCCACUCACGCUCCGCCCGCGACCUCCGGCUGCGCCCUACAAACCGAUGAUCAGCGGUAUGACCACCAUCGAGCGGCCUCAUGGUGCUGGCACCCUUGUGAUUCGUCCUUCGGGUCCGCACCACCAGGGCACACUGGCGCGCCCGCAUCCGCCGCCCUACCAGAACAAGCCCACCACGGCCUCGGAUCUGCAGGGCUCAGCCUCGCAUCCGAGCUCCAGUUCCAGCUCCAGCUCUAGUUUGAAUCCCAAUAGCAUUUGGCAUACAUCGACCCAGCAGCAGCAGCAGCAGCACAAUCAGCAGAACCACUGGCAGAUGACCACCGAGCCGAGCUUUAUUACCAAGCCGCGACCCACCGGCUGGACCAAGCCCGGCAUCGUCAAUUUGCCAAUGCCCGCGCGACCCUCCAAGCCGUCGAAGCCCACAAAGAAACCGAUUGUCUACGACCGGACACCGCCGCCGCCUCCGUCCGCCCCACCGUCCACAUCCACCUCGACGACAUCAACGUCGCUGAUUUGGCCGGGCCAGACGCAUCCCCCCCAGCCGCAUCGCCCCACCAGGCCGCAGCUGUCGCCGGGCGCAUCAUUAGCCGCAUCCUCGUCCUCACAUUGGCCAUCGUCAACCACCUCAACAACAUCCACAACCACGACAACGACCACACGACGGACAACCACACCGGCGACCACAACGAGGAGGACCACGACAAACAAGCCCACAAGGCCCUACCAGCGGCCCACCUCGGCGAUCUCCAGCUCGAGCACCUCCACCACUUCGAGCAAGACUCCCACCACGACCAGGCCGAUUAGCUCCAGCAGUUCCAGCAGCACCAGCGCAAUCGUCACCAGCAAACAACGGCCAACGCAGCCUACGCACCGUCCGCCGGUCCUGGCCACCUCCGGCAUCGAGACCAACGAGAUAUCAGACUCCUCCAUUCCCGACGCCGGAGCUCUGGGCCAUGUGAAGACCAUUUCGGCGGCUCGCAGCGAGUGCGGAGUACCGACUUUGGCGCGGCCCGAGACGCGGAUCGUGGGCGGUAAGAGCGCGGCCUUCGGUCGUUGGCCCUGGCAGGUGUCGGUGCGGCGCACCUCCUUCUUUGGAUUCUCCAGCACCCACCGCUGCGGUGGCGCUUUGAUCAACGAGAACUGGAUAGCCACCGCCGGACAUUGCGUGGACGACCUGCUCAUCUCGCAGAUACGCAUCCGCGUGGGCGAAUACGACUUCUCGCAUGUGCAGGAACAGCUGCCCUACAUAGAGCGCGGCGUGGCCAAGAAGGUGGUGCAUCCCAAGUAUAGCUUCCUCACGUACGAGUACGACCUGGCGCUGGUCAAGCUGGAGCAGCCGCUUGAAUUCGCGCCGCAUGUCAGUCCCAUUUGCCUGCCCGAGACGGAGAGCCUUCUAAUUGGCAUGAACGCCACGGUCACCGGCUGGGGUCGUCUCAGCGAGGGCGGCACCCUGCCCUCCGUCCUCCAAGAGGUCUCCGUGCCGAUUGUAAGUAACGACAAUUGCAAAUCGAUGUUCAUGAGGGCCGGUCGCCAGGAGUUCAUUCCGGAUAUAUUCCUAUGUGCCGGCUAUGAAACGGGAGGGCAGGACUCCUGCCAGGGCGAUUCAGGAGGUCCACUGCAGGCCAAGUCGCAGGAUGGGCGCUUCUUUCUGGCCGGGAUCAUCUCCUGGGGCAUUGGCUGUGCCGAGGCCAAUUUGCCCGGAGUCUGUACGAGAAUCUCCAAGUUUACGCCGUGGAUACUGGAGCAUGUCAGAUGAUGAUCAGGAGAUGCUGACGAUGGCAGAUCGACUUUUGUUAUUUGUUUUAAUUUAUCAGUUGUAUCUUUAAGUCUUGUGUGAUUUAUCUUAAAGGAAUGUUAAGCGUAGUUAGCUUCAAUUUAACAAUUUUAACAGCAUAGACCUUGACUUGGCCUUGUGGGCCACUGCCACGCCCCUAUCCGCACUCACACACUCAUCCACUUACAUACACAUACACACACACACACACACAGAGUCAACGCCCACUAAGUUAGUCUAGCGAAAUGUUAGCACCGUAAGUUGUCUAACAUGGAAAUCGGUCGGAUUUCGAAUAUGAUUAUCUAUUUGUACAUAGCCGAAGGGGUCGGGGGUUGGGGAGGGGGAAUUGGGAGUCAUUUGCAUGUCCACAAGUUGUUGGUAUUUUAGUGUAGUAAUAUUUAACAAUUAACUAAAUCUAUAUUUAUUGUAAAGAAAUGCAUGCAGACAUCCGAACGUUGUUUGUAUCUUGCCCAAAGAACAAGUCUAUCUAUAGCGAUGCGAAAGCUCGAGAGCAAUAAAAGAUUACUGAAAAUACUGUCUAAUAAAUAAUGCUGCAAUCGGGGAAUU